AUGCCUGCAAAGCAAUUUUAUCUCCUUGGAGAGCCCGUCUCCUCCGCCAGGAACAUCGAUGUCGACCCAAAAAGUGAUUUAGAUGGACUCAAGAACUUGAUUGCAGCUCACUUCGCAAUCGUUGAGUCGAGUGGUAUCGAUUUUCAUGCUCAAGAUCUUCACCUGAACGAGAUCGCCGAAAUCACUUCGGCCGACACUCCUAUCGCUAUAACCAUCGAUGGGAACGCGGUCCGUGAUCCUCCUGGCCCAAAGGGUCUCCCAUAUGUCGGAAAUUUCUUCGAAGUCUACCCAGACCACCUCGGCAACCAUCAGCGUCUCUUCGAACAAUAUGGACCGGUCAUCAAGACAACCAAUCUAGGCCGCACGACCUAUCAAACGAAUGACCCAGCUAUCUCCGCAAUCGUAUUUGCCGAAUCCGACUUUUUCACAAAGAAGAUCAACGAGGCCCAUCCUCUAUAUCCUCUAAAGCAGCCUGAGGCUGGUGUUUUCCUUGGUGAUACGGAUACUCCAGAGUGGAAGGUUGCCCAUAAGUUUUUGCCGCCAGCUCUCGGUCCUAAGGCUGUCCGUCACUAUGCGCCGACAAUGCAGAAGACAGUGGAGGAUUCUUUCAAGGUCUUUGAUGACUUUGAUAAGCAGGGUGAAGCCUGGAACGUUUAUCAGUAUAUGCUGAAGCUCGGGUCUCAAGCAGUUGGCAAGCUUACCCUUGGCUUGGACUUCCAACAUUUUUUGACUCGGGAUGCACAGUUGCAUGAGAUGGUGCAUUUGAUUGCUGGAGUUCUUUCUCUCAAUAAGAAAGUUUCGUCCAAGGGAGAUUGGUAUGGUAAGCUGCCAUUCGGUGAUCCAAAGCGGCUCAAAGACAUGAAAGUCAGAGUUGAGGAGAUUGUGGGAGAAACAAUUAAACAGGCUGAACGUGGUGGUAUCGAAGACCUACCACUGCAAGAUGCAGCGCUGAAGGCGUCUAACAUGGUCGACUAUGCCAUCCGUGCAACCGACAACAAAGGCGAGAAACUACCCCAAGGAAGCCUGAUUUGGGCUCUCGUCGUCGCAACCGGAGCCGGCUUCACAACUACCAGUUCCCUUCUAUCCUGGCUCAUCUACGGUCUCGUCACCUACCCGGGUAUGCAAGAAAAGCUAUUGCAGGAGCUCAUCGAUAACGACAUCGACGAGGACACUACCAUCACGGCGGAUGUCACCGACCGACUCGUCUUUCUAGACAAGUAUAUAAAAGAGACUCAGCGCCGACAUAAUCCAAGUUUCCAACCGGGACGAACCGCCAAGGUUGACCUCGUGCUUCCGGGAGGGUACAAGAUCCCCAAGGACUCGGUCAUUCUCCCGGCGCUACACCACAUCCACAACAACCCCGAUCUGUGGGAUAAUCCUAAUCAGUUUAACCCUGACCGCUGGGACACUGAUGAGGUCAAGGGCAGACACAAGGCUGCCUAUAUCCCAUUCGCUAUGGGCCCACGUAUGUGCAUUGGGUUCAACUUUGCCUUGCAGGAAAUCAAGGUUUUCCUUCCGAAACUUAUCUUCCGGUAUAAGUUCACUCGGGAGGGCAAUGAACCCAUCGAAUACGAUCCCAUGUUCCAGUUGAUUCGGCCUAAUAACCUGUAUGUUCGCGCGGAGAAGAGGGUGAAGUGGCCAGCGAAGUCGGAGACCUCAGGAACGGAGAAUGUCUGA